AUGGACCUGAUCGAAGCAGCACUCGCCAAGAAGCGCGCAGCCGUGGAUUCGGCAUCGGGCGGAACCAAGAAGAAAUACAUUCGUAAAGGCGAUCUCGAAAAGCUGCGGGAACAGGAGUACUUGGCCGACCAGGAGCGGGAACGUAAAGCCAAGGAGGAAAAGGAAAGACAAAAGGAUCUGGAGAGGGAGGCGAAGCGCAAAGAGAAAGCGGCAGCAACAGGAUCACCUGCCUCCUUAGCAACAGGAACACCCAGCGGAGACUCAUCAUCCGCCAACACAUCCACGAUACCCUCCUCCGACAACCCCGACGACAUUAUCGCAGCCGCGGUAGCAUCAGCCGCCACAUUCAACAUUGCUCCGGAAGAAGUUGUCCGUCGUCUCCGUGCUCGUGGACACCCUAUCCGUCUCUUUGCCGAAACAGAUCAGGCCCGGAAAAUUCGUCUUCGUGCUCUGGAGUUGGUUGAGGAUCGGUCAGAGGGUCAACGGAACGAUUUCAUGAGGGCUAUGGAGGAUGCAGAGACGGGACUUCAUAUGGAGGCUUUGGGACAACAGGGUGGAUCGAGUGCCAAGGAGAAGAAGUCCAAAUCUCAACCUGCCAAGGAUGUGGAUACGAAUGAGAUCUCGGUCAACUUGAUUCAGAAGGACAUGGACAAACUCUACGUCCUGAUCUACACAUACUUCAAGCGCCUCUUGAGAGAAUGGGAACAGGAUCUCGACCAGCGUCCAGACGAAUUGAAGAGAAGCACACCAGGAAAGUUGGCGACGGCAACACAGGCACAGAGCGCAGAGUACCUGAGACCAUUCUUCAAAUCCCUGCGCCAAAAGUCGCUCGAGCCCGACGUCCUUAUGCGUAUCACCGAAAUCGCAGAACUCAUGAUCAAACGCGAGCAUAUGGCCGCCAACGACGCCUACCUCAAACUUUCUAUCGGAAACGCACCUUGGCCCAUCGGAGUCACCAUGGUUGGUAUUCACGAACGUUCAGGACGUGAAAAGAUUUUCUCAGCGCAGGUCGCCCACGUCUUGAACGACGAGACGUCGCGAAAGUGGAUCCAGAGUAUCAAGCGCAUCAUGACCUUUGCCGAAAAGAAGUACCCCCGCCUGUGA